UACCGUUCGCAGCAAAAGGGCAAGGCUGUCAAAUACUUGCUGUUCUAAUAUCAUUUACGAUUCAUCGCAGACAUUUUCUUGGGGAUGAAAAAUCUGAGAACUUGACCCUGGCCACUGCCACGAUUACAAGUGUGCGAUUCCUCCGCAGCAAUGGCGUCACUCCACCGCUUUCCCGGUCCUCUGCCUCCGCCGCUGUACCAAACAUUAACGCAGCCGGCCACAUAACUCCAUGCGUGCAAACUAAUAAUGGAGUGGUUGGCUUCAGAUUAUCUCAAUUAAUCCUCCCUCCCAGACUUCUCAACCUCUAUCUUUAAAUCUCUGGGGUAUGGUGUAUAGAAAGAUGUUUAAUUAUCAUCUUAAAUAUUCACGAUUCCAUUUCUAACUAUAUCAUAUUUAUAGAUUUUUUUUUUCUAAAUGGGACGGUCGCUCCGCAUUGCAGGAGCUGAAAUGCCUAUAAAUAACUGUCACUCCUUUCUCCAGCUUCUCCACUCACAAAGCUCUUCGACUAAUUCAGUAUUGAGUAUACAGCUAGCUACAAUGGUGGCGGCUCAGGGAAGGGGCAGCGCAGCAGUGGCUCUGGGGCUCACCACCCUGCUGCUUUGCCUCCUGCUCCACAGCAAAGUUGCCGACGGAGCCACUUUUACCGUCGGCGACGGCGGCGGCUGGAGCUUCAGCACCGUCGGCUGGGCUGAUGGAAAACGCUUCAGGGCCGGCGACGUGCUCGUGUUUAGGUACAAUCCGUCGGUGCACAACGUGGUGGCGGUGAGCGCGGGUGGGUACAGCAGUUGCUCUGCCCCCCGGGGCUCGAGGGUCUUCACCUCCGGCAACGACCGCAUCACGCUGGGCCGCGGCACCAGCUACUUCAUCUGCAGCUUCGCCGGCCACUGCAAGUCCGGAAUGAAGAUCGCCGUCACCGCCACCUAGCUAGAUUGAUAUGCACCUACUGUGCUGUCGAAUAAAGUUGUUGGUUGUUUGUAGUUGUCGACAAAAAAUGCUUUGGGGUCCGACCAAAAUCAUCAUAUCAUGGAUGAUGGACCACAAAUUAUGUAUGCCGGCUUCUUUAAUUUCUAUAUAAUCUCAUCUAUCUUUUAUUUA